AUGAUGAUGGACAACGGGGUGAUAACAAAUAACUAUGAGUACGGGGACGGGUACAUGGAACAAGAAGAGGAAUGGGAGCGCGAGGGUCUCUUAGACCCGGCUUGGGAGAAACAACAGAAAAAGACCUUCACAGCAUGGUGCAACAGCCACUUGAGGAAGGCCGGCACCGGCAUCGAGAACAUCGACGAAGACUUCCGCAACGGACUGAAGCUGAUGCUGCUGCUGGAGGUGAUAUCGGGCGAGACACUGCCCAAGCCAGACCGCGGCAAAAUGCGCUUCCACAAAAUUGCCAACGUCAACAAGGCACUCGACUUCAUCGCCUCAAAAGGAGUAAAAUUGGUGUCUAUCGGCGCCGAAGAAAUCGUAGAUGGCAACCUAAAGAUGACCCUGGGUAUGAUCUGGACUAUCAUUCUCCGAUUCGCCAUCCAAGACAUCUCGGUUGAAGAAAUGACCGCUAAGGAAGGUCUCCUUCUCUGGUGUCAACGCAAGACUGCUCCAUACAAGAAUGUCAACGUUCAGAACUUCCACCUGUCGUUCAAGGACGGUCUAGCGUUCUGCGCACUCAUCCACAGGCACAGGCCGGAUCUCAUCGACUACAGCAAACUGUCCAAGGACAAUCCACUGGAGAACUUGAAUACGGCCUUCGAUGUCGCCGAGAAGUAUCUCGACAUCCCCCGCAUGUUGGACCCUGACGAUCUGCAGAACACAGCAAUGCCGGACGAGAGAGCUGUGAUGACGUACGUCUCCUCCUACUACCACUGCUUCUCUGGCGCGCAGAAGGCUGAAACUGCCGCGAACCGCAUCUGCAAAGUUCUCAAAGUCAAUCAGGAGAACGAGCGCCUUAUGGAAGAAUACGAACGCCUCGCCAGCGAUCUUUUGGACUGGAUCCGUCGCACCAUGCCAUGGUUGAACAGCAGACAGACGGACAACUCGCUGGCGGGAUGUCAGAAGAAACUGGAAGAUUACCGCACGUACCGCCGCAAGCACAAGCCGCCGCGCGUCGAGCAAAAGGCCAAGCUCGAGACCAACUUCAACACGCUGCAGACCAAGCUGCGGCUCAGCAACCGACCCGCGUACAUGCCCACCGAGGGCAAGAUGGUCUCCGACAUCGCUGGAGCCUGGAAGGGUCUGGAAAUCGCUGAAAAGGCAUUCGAGGAAUGGCUGCUCAGUGAGAUGAUGCGUCUGGAGAGGCUCGAAUACCUCGCCCAGAAGUUCAAGCACAAGGCUGACAUUCAUGAAGACUGGACCAGAGGCAAGGAAGAAAUGCUCCAAUCGCAGGACUUCCGCCAAUGCAAGUUGAACGAUAUCAAGGCGUUGAAGAAGAAGCACGAGGCCUUCGAGUCCGAUCUCGCCGCCCACCAGGACCGUGUCGAACAGAUCGCCGCCAUCGCACAGGAACUCAACACGCUGGAGUACCACGAGGUGGGCGCGGUGAACGCGCGCUGCCAGCGCAUCUGCGGGCAGUGGGACCGCCUGGGCGCGCUCACGCAGCGCCGCCGCCUCGCGCUGGACGACGCCGAGCGCGUGCUCGAGCAGAUCGACCUGCUGCACCUCGAGUUCGCCAAGCGCGCCGCGCCCUUCAACAACUGGCUGGACGGUACCCGCGAGGACUUAGUGGACAUGUUCAUUGUACACACCAUCGAGGAGAUCUCUGGCUUGAUGGACGCACACUCGCGCUUCAAGGCAACCCUCGGUGAAGCCGAUAAGGAGUACCAGGCAAUAGUGAACCUUGUACACCAAGUGGAAUCCAUCGUGAAGCAGCACCAGAUCCCCGGCGGUCUGGAAAACCCCUACACUACUCUCACCGCCCACGAGUUGAACCGCAAGUGGUCCGACGUGAGGCAACUGGUCCCGCAGCGGGACGGCACGCUGGCGGCGGAGCUGCGCAAGCAGCAGAACAACGAGAACCUGCGCCGCCAGUUCGCGGAGAAGGCCAACGCCGUCGGGCCCUGGAUCGAGCGCCAGAUGGACGCCGUCACGGCCAUCGGCAUGGGCCUGCAGGGCUCUCUGGAAGAUCAAUUGCACAGACUCAAAGAGUACGAAGCCGGCGUGUACGCGUACAAACCUCAUAUCGAAGAACUCGAGCGCAUCCACCAGGCAGUACAAGAGGGCAUGAUCUUCGAAAACAGGUACUCGCAAUACACGAUGGAGACGCUGCGCGUGGGCUGGGAGCAGCUGCUGACGUCCAUCAACCGCACCAUCAACGAGGUGGAGAACCAGAUCCUCACCAGGGACUCCAAGGGCAUCACGCAGGAGCAGCUCACAGAGUUCCGCGCCUCAUUCAACCACUUCGACAAAAACCGCACUGGCCGCCUAGCACCCGAGGAGCUGAAGUCCUGCCUGGUAUCGCUCGGCUACAGCAUCGGCAAAGAUCGGCAAGGAGAACUCGACUUCCAGCGCAUCCUCGCUGUCGUCGAUCCCAACAAUACAGGCUUUGUUUCAUUCGACGCGUUCUUGGACUUCAUGACAAGGGAAUCCACAGACACAGACACCGCUGAACAAGUCAUCGACAGUUUCAGGAUUUUAGCUGGUGACAAGCCGUACAUAACGGCGGAGGAGCUGCGCCGCGAGCUGCCGCCGGACCAGGCGGAGUACUGCGUGGCGCGCAUGCCGCCCUACCGCGGGCCCGGCGCGCCGCCGCACGCGCUCGACUACAUGGCCUUCUCCACCGCGCUCUACGGCGAGACCGAUCUCUAGGUCGUGAAAUCAGACAUUAUCAUCGGAAGUCAUCCACCUGAGGAGGAGGAGAGGGGAGGGGGGGGGGACAGUGACGCACCUCGUGGCUCGACACUGCGCCGCGCCGCACAUCACUCGACGAAGCGGCACAGGCUUCAUGAAGACCGAACAUUAUUUCCUCCAAGUUGACACCAAACGCCCUAAACGGUCAACUUAAAGCAAAUAAUAUUCGUAAUAUUGAAUAGUUAUAUUAGUCUUUUAAUACAGUUCUAUAUUAAAAUACAUAUGUGCAAUGUUCAAACCAAAAAUGCCAUUAACUUUCAUACCGUGGAACUCUCUCCUUGAUUUUUACUAGUAACCGUUUGGCUCAAAUCAGAGAAACAAUUUUAUAUGUUUACAUCUCUCUAUUUAUACAUUAUUAGUGUUAGGUAUUUUUAACUUUUAUAUGGAAUUCUCAGAGAAGUCACAAAAACUUAUUUGUAAGAUAAAAUGGUGCUAACGUUAGGUUCGACUAUAUGUGACACCAAAUUGAGACUCAUACAUAUUGUGAGAAUGUUUUUGUUAUAUUUUUUUAUUUAUAAGUAAACAUUAUUUAUGAAGUUCAUUUUUUUUAUUACUGCCAUUAGUAAUUAUAACAUGUUGAUGGUAGGUACAUAUCAUUUAAAUUAUGAUGGUUGCAGGAAAGUGUCACAGGAAUCACUCAUGUCACACAGAUUGCCAUAGCUUGCCUGCAUCUAUUUAUUUAUCAUUUUGGAUAUCAUUUUUAUAUGAUUUGUCGUUUUUGAGAGUACUUUGCAAGGAGUAUUCAAAAUAAAUGAUCUGCC